GCGCGGACGGGACGUCGCUACCCCGGUGCGAGAUUCCGCGAUGUUUUAGACCGAUCGUGGUUCCUUCGAGUGUUGUGUAUCGUCAGUGGAUUAUGAUCGCAUGAUUGACGCCAUUCGUACCCACAUAUCUGCUAUAGACAAGACGAUGGAUCGUUUUCGAAGUGAUGUGAAGUGAAGUGCUGGUGAGAUGAACUGACACAGUAUGGUCAAGUGGAUGGCGCUGUUCGGUCUAGUGUGGCUGCUCCGGGUCCGCGGCUCGCUGUGUGGCUGCGCGGCGUGCCGCCGGGCGCAGGGCCAGUGCCGGCGCAGCCCGGACCCUGAGCGGGCCGCCUUCGACGUCAUAGCCCUACAGCACUACACCCGUGACGUCACCGUCCAGACAGACUUCGAUGACGACGAGGAUCUGGACAAGAUCGAGCUGCAGAUCACAGAGGAUUCGAACGCGACCAACUACGAGGGCGGGCGGGAGAUGAAGUCGAGUCCGGAAGCGAGGGCGGGAAGCCACCAGUUCUCGCCCGAAGGUGACGAUGUAUGGGAGACAUUAGACGUGACGUUGGAGAGAGGCGCGAGUGGACUCGGCCUGAGUAUAGCGGGCAGCGAAACUGGGGGUGACAUCAGUAUAACCCGAAUAGCUUCGGAAGGUGCGGCCAAGCAGGACGGUCGCUUGCAACUAGGGGAUAUUCUACUUCAGGUAAACGAUAUAUCAGUGGAAGGAGCGCCACACUCCGUGGCAGUAGACGCCUUACAAAAAGCUGGGAAUGUUGUGAGACUUAGGGUAAGAAGAGCACGGCGGCCGCGCGUCGUGACCCUGUGUCGUGGUCUCCGAGGCCUGGGGCUGGGCAUAGCGGGGGGAGCGGACGACGCGGCGGGGGGAGGGGGGGUGUUCAUAUCCCACAUCGCGGUAGGCGGCGCCGCCCACCACGACGGUAGACUUAAGUUAGGAGAUAAAAUUCUCGCCGUCAGAGAUGAGGAUGGUAUAGAGACCUCUCUGAUCGGGGCGACGCACGCGAAGGCUGUAUCGGCGCUGCAGAGUACGGGGGAGCAUGUUACGCUGGUCGUGUUGCCGGCGGGCUCCAUACCACCUGUGGCUAAGACGGCGCCGUUGUACUCCACAAGAACCCAAGCAACGUCAUGCUCUACGCUUCACGAGCUGGCAGAGGAGGAACCGAACAAAAUACCCAGAUGCGUCCGUCGAGUACGCUUAAUACGCUCUGGAUCUCGUCUCGGCAUGGAUAUAGUCGGUGGGCUUGGAGUAGACUCAGAGCUGAGUGGGGAGGACGAGGCCUACGGGGUCUUCGUGUCUGGAGUCGCGGUGGGGGGCUCCGCGUAUGGCAUGCUGCAUCGAGGAGACAGGAUCCUGAGUGUGGAUGGACGGGAUCUGACGCAUGCGACGCACGAGCAGGCUGCAGCUGCUUUGAAGCAAUACUCGGGCAGCGCAGUGACGAUCUCUGCACAGUACCAGCCGGAACAGUACGAGCGACUGCGCGCGCGCAUACGGGCGAUCAACGCGGCCGCCGCCAUGUCGCCGCAUGUGCACCGCACGCAUAUGCCGCUACAUCAUGAGGUGCAUGAGGUUUAUCCGAGGUGA